GAGGGCUGGACAUGGACAUGGGGGUGCCGCCGCACAGGCCCGUCUGAGCAAAGAUACCAAAAAAAAACACUUUUUAUGAGCACCUUCCACGGAAGAGACACAAAGAGACCGACGCGGAGAGGCCUUGGGAGGUCCGGGGAACAACCGAGAAAGUGAGAGGAAAGAGGGGGGGGGGGACACGGCUACUGACUACUGACCCAUCCCGGCGCAUCGGGGGCGAGAAGCGGUCCGAGGACGGGGGAGGAGAAGACGGAGAAACAUUUCCGCUCGACCCGAUGGACUGAGGACAGAUGAAUGAAGACCGCCUACACUAACGCCUAUAGAUGCCUGGCCAAGGAUCUAGACGCUUACGCCAUGAACACGGACAUGACGAUGGACGGCAUUGGCAACCUGCAUGGCGGGGUGGCGGUGGCCCCUGAUGUGGAGCUGAUGAGCGGCCACAGCCCGCAUCACGGCCGCGGGGGAGGCUCCUCCGGCGCGGCGGCGGCGGCCGCCCUCCGGAUCCACCAGGACCUGGCCUCCCGCUCCGCCAUGGUGUCCGGCAUGGCCAGCAUACUGGACGGCGGCGGGGAGUACCGCCCGGACCUGUCGCUGCCGCUGCACCACGCCAUGAGCGUCCCCUGCGACACGUCCUCGCCCGGGAUGGGGAUGAGCGGCACCUACACCACCUUGACCCCGCUCCAGCCGCUUCCUCCCAUCUCCACCGUGUCGGACAAGUUCCACCACCACCACCACCACCACCAGCGGCUCACCGGGAACGUCAGCGGGAGCUUCACCCUGAUGCGGGACGAGCGGGGACUACCGGGCAUGAACAACCUCUACAGCCCCUACCACAAGGACCACAUGUCCGGGAUGGGUCAGAGCCUUUCCCCGGUGCUCGGCAACGGCCUGGGCUCCCUCCAUAACACCCAGCAAGGUCUCCACAACUACGGCGCCUGCACCACGCAUGGAGGCCACGACAAGAUGCUCAACUUCGACCACACCGCCUCCAUGCUCGCCAGAGGGGACCACCACCAGCACCGAGGCCUGGGUGGCCCGGGGAGCGGGAUGAUGCCUCACCUGAACGGGAUGCAUCACCCGGGACACCCCGUGUCCUCCACGGGCCACCACCCCCACCCUCACCUCCAUUCUCCAUCCCACGGGCCGGUGUUGGCGUCCACCCGGGAAAGACCGCCCUCCUCCUCCGGGACGCAAGGGGUGAACAGUUCGGGCCAGCUGGAGGAGAUCAACACCAAGGAGGUGGCGCAGAGGAUCACGGCGGAGCUGAAAAGGUAUAGCAUCCCUCAGGCCAUCUUCGCCCAGAGGGUGCUGUGUCGCUCCCAAGGGACCCUGUCGGACCUGCUGAGGAACCCCAAGCCCUGGAGUAAGCUAAAGUCAGGCCGGGAGACCUUCAGGAGGAUGUGGAAAUGGCUGCAGGAGCCUGAGUUUCAGAGGAUGUCGGCUCUCAGACUGGCAGCGUGCAAACGGAAGGAACAGGACACAGCGAAGGACCGCAACACACCAAAGAAAUCUCGGUUGGUCUUCACCGACCUGCAGAGGCGCACCCUGCUGGCCAUUUUCAAGGAAAACAAGAGGCCUUCCAAGGAGAUGCAGCUCACCAUUUCACAGCAGCUGGGCCUCGAACUCACCACUGUCAGCAACUUCUUCAUGAACGCCCGCCGCCGGAGCCUGGACAAAUGGACAGACGACGGAUCCAGUCCCGGCGGCCAAUCUUCGGCGUCCAGCACUUGUACCAAAGCGUGAUGAUAUGUGGAUGA